AUGACAAUGGCCCGCGUGGCGAACAAAGACUGUCUCAUUUCAAAAGGUGAAGAGGUGAUAAGAAUUCAAAUGUGGUCGCGGUCGCGCGAUGUCAAAAGUGGACGCGGCUCCAGGGCGGCGCGGGCGCAGCCAUGCGUGCCUGUCUCUCCCGCCAUUGUUCAUGUGAAACCGCACGUGACUGCAAAUCACAAGUUUUGCAAAAUGCCAUCAGUUAGCAGAGCUGCCAUU